AUGAGCAAUAUUAUUAGCAUAACGCGGCCGACCGUGAAGCAGGCCAAAGAUGAGGGUAGUGAUGAUAUGGAUAUUGAUGACGAGUUGAACCUGAAUGAUGUCAAAGCAAAGGAGAUACAAGAUAUAGUAGUUCCAGGUGAACUGAUCACGGAUGACCCAAGCUGGAUGAGGGGUCAUGGUACAUAUUACCUUGGUGAAAAGACCUAUUCGGCAGUUGCUGGCGUGAUACUUAGGGUGAACAAACUUUUAAGUGUGAUACCGUUUAAAGGACGAUACAAUCCAGAGACUGGUGACCAUGUAGUUGGAAGGAUCGUGGAUGUUACCAAUAAGAGAUGGAAGGUGGAUGUUGGAGCUGAGCACGAUGCUGUUUUGAUGUUAGGUGCGGUGAACUUGCCUGGAGGGGUUUUGAGAAGAAAAUCCGAGACAGAUGAGUUGCAGAUGAGAUCUUUUUUAAAGGAAGGAGACUUGCUUAAUGCUGAAGUUCAAUCUGUGUUUCACGAUGGUUCUGCCGCACUUCAUACACGUUCUCUUAGAUAUGGAAAGCUUCGAAAUGGUAUAUUUGUUUCGAUUCCAUCCAAUUUAAUUAUCAGAGCCAAGAAUUAUGCACAUGAUUUACCGGGUGGAGUUAGUGUAAUUUUUGGAGUGAACGGAUACUGUUGGCUAUACAAGACUAAGAUUGAUAAUUCACCGGGAGUUGGACCAAAGAGCUCAUUGGAGCGUAAAUUUGAGGCGGGCGUGAAAAUGGAUGCUGCUAAUUCUGCCUUUAGUCCGGGAAUGGGAAGUGAUGCACCAAAUAAACUUGAAGAGAAGGCAUCUUGGGACAUUUACAGCGAUAAGAAUGAUUCGAUUUCGGCUACGACAAAGGAAACAAUCUCCAGAUACAGGAAUAGUCUCUUGGCUUUGAGUAACUUUAAUGUUGCCGUUAAUGAAACACGUUUAUCUAAGGCAUAUGAGAUUAGUCUUGGUUAUGGGGAUGUGAGCGAGUUGGUGAAAUCAGAUAUUCAAAAGUCAAUUGCUGAAGACUUGAUAAACGAUGAAAAAAUGAGAGGUUGA